AUGUCCUCAGAGCAAACGGGAUUAGAGAAAUCGGUGCCACGGGCACGACUGUUUGUGGACAGGGUGCCAUAUAAAUUGGCUUUCCAAAUCGAAGCCUUCACGAUGUGGAUGCAGCGGGAACAUGGCUAUCACGUCCAAAAUUUUGUUUCUUAUAAUAUUUCAAUCGAUGCAUGCUCUGCCUGCUUUGAACUGACGAUAUCAUCGAAAAACUCUUCGAAUUUUCAAGAAUUGUCAGCUUUGAGCAUUAACCCACAUCAUGGCAUUGACCACCUUGACCCCCCCCCCCCCUCAAACAUGAAUUAA